CUUCCUCUUUUCACCUCUGAUUCUGUCCUGUACUCGGAGGGUCAGCCCGACGAGAUCACGGCCUGGACCUUUGCCUGUGGCUGUCACCAUUCUUGGCUUAGUUGCCCUGAUCCAGGUACGAGCUGAGGCAGUUGGGGAAAUGGAGCUGGAUUCAGGCAGCAGCUGGAGCCCAUGGCAGAGCUGGUCCCCGUGUUCCAGGACAUGUGGAGGAGGUGCAGCCACCAGGAUCAGGAGAUGUUUGAUCAGACAUCCCCUCACAAACCCCUGUUCAGGGGAGCAGAGGCAGUACAAGGUGUGUGCUGUUGAGGAUUGUCUGUCGGGAGCAGUGGAUUUCCGACAGCUCCAGUGUGCGGCCUACAACCACCGCCCGAUCCUGCAGAUGCGUGCCGCUCGCUUUGAGUGGGUCCCUUUUUACGGAGCCUCCAGCCCUUGUGAGCUCAGCUGUUUAGCCAAAGGGCAGAACUUUUACUACAAUUUUGGUCGCGUAUUGGACGGGACAAAGUGUGAGGCUGGUUCCAAUGGCGUGUGCAUCAAUGGGCAGUGUCUGGCGGUUGGCUGUGGUCAGAUCCUGGGCUCUCAGGAGGAGGAGGAUGUGUGCGGUGUGUGUGGCGGCCAGAACAACACAUGUCAGCGGUAUCGGAGCGUUUUUAUCACUCCUCACCUCACUCCUGGCUCGUUGGAGUAUAAUGAGGUUACCAUGAUCCCGGCUGGUGCCACUUACAUCAAAGUGACUGAUAACAGCAGCAAUUAUCUGGCUUUACAGAACAGGGACUAUAACUACAUCAUCAAUGGGAACUGGGCCAUUAAUUGGCCAGGGACAUACAACGUGGCCGGAACCAAAGUCCACUACAGACGGUCAGCAGAUCAUGAAGAGAGUUUGGAGGCAAUUGGACCCACUAAAGAGGACCUGCACCUGAUGGUUCUGUCUAUGGAGCAAAACUCUGGGAUUGAUUAUGAAUACUGGCUUCCUAAUGAUCGAUACUGGCUCUACCACGGAGAGCGGAGUGCUCUUCAAGGGACCCAUCACACAGUGAUUGAGGCGGCUCACUCAUUCACACUCACACCCAGGAUUGAGGCCAAUACCAUCCCAGUGACAACUACAACCAUCUCAGUCCGAAGACCCCUUGCUCAGCCUUGCUAUAACACAGCUUCACGGAGACAAGACUGGUCACAGAGAAACCGUCUGCCAGCACCGUCUAGACCAGGCAACUGUGGCAAGUGUCAAAGGGUUCGUGGGAAAUCAAAUCGCAUCAGGCAGUACUGUGAGAAAGAUUUUGUUUUGCAUGUGAAGAUUAUUAGUAAGAGAACUGUCGGAUCGGAAACUCGCUACGAUGCUCGUGUGGUGACGACCUACAAGAAAAGAUUUGCUGUCCUAAGGCGGGAAUUCCUGUGGGUCCCAAACAUCUGUGACUGUCCCAGACUCUUCACCAUGAGGGAGUAUGUGGUGAUGGCACUGAGACAUGUGAACUAUGAACAGACACUGAACAGAAUCCUGCUGGAGGCUGACAGCUUCAUCCGAACCUACAGGCCCCGGGAGGACAAACUCAUGAAGGGACUGGACAAGGAGUGUGAGAAGCAGGGAUACCAGCUCAGGGUGAAUUCACCUGGAUAAGACUCAAACCAGCAUCACUGUGGUCUGCAGGCAUUAACACACUCACCUUGUGCAGACUGAGUGAGACUUGAGAUCGAUUGAGAUGCCGAUGGGAUCUCUGGCACUUUAAAGUUGGGCGGCAAACAGGCAUCAAACUCAGGAUCAGGUGGCUCUACAGACCAGUUAGAAACUUUACAUUGGGCAUUCUACACUCUUGAAAGUGUUUGCUAAACCUCCACACAGCAGAGAUACCAAGAGCCAAACUGAUCCGUGGUUUUAUGUCGCUCUGUUUGCACUGAGUGGUGUUAAGACCUUGUCUCUCCUGACCAAGUGACAUACUCCAAGCUGUGUAAUGAAGUCAAUUGAAUUUUUUGUUCCACAGGAAGGUUAGAGGGAAGAGUUUUGGUCUUUAAACCCACCUUGAACUCAGUGCCGUCAAGGCCGUACUUGACAGAUUGGGUUAACAUUGAUAAUUGCUGCCUAAAGCAGAAAUGGAUUAGACUGUAUGAAUUGGAAAGUGUUCAGUUUGGGAUAGGUCUGAAAUUACGGACAACACAGGAGAAACUUCAGACAGAAAGGAUCUCAGAUCUUUGAGCUUCAGAACAAAGAGUAUGAGUCCCUGGUGAUCCAUUUCUCACUGGGGAAUGUAGGCUUCAUUGCACCUGACAUAAACCUGCCUGUAGGUUUGCAACAUAGGAUGAUAUUAACCUAUAAUCAGGGUCACAAGCUGCACCUACUGCUUAAUAAGAGACUGGUCAUCACCUGAUAACUGAGCUGAAGCACUACAGGAACUCACCAAGGCUCCUUAGACAGCACCUUCCAAACCCACGACCACUACCACC